AUGCACAGAGUUGCGGUCCAGUGUCAGACGAAUGAUCAAUAUGAGGGCAGUUCUGUGGGCCGCUGUGCUGCUGGGGACCGUAGGAGGCGGUCUCACUGAACAAGUGAGCCUUCUGCCUCCGGCCCAUUUGAGGUUUGACUCUGUGGACUACAAAACCACUGCGGUUUGGAUUCCGCCCUCCAACAGCUCCACUCUCCUGUACAACGUCCAGUGGAAGAUCUACGGCGAGCCUGAAUGGCUGAACGUGGACCACUGCCAAGGCAUUGAGAAGCCCAAGUGUGACCUCAGUGAAGAAACCUCCGAUGUCACCGAGUGGUACUACGCCCGUGUGCAGGCGACCACGCCGGCUGCCAAAUCACCCUGGGUUACAUCACGCAGAUUUAGCCCACGCUGGGACUCCGAAAUUAGCCCGCCUUUACUGAGGCUGAACACCACAAUGAAAGGAAUUGUGGCGCGUGUGAAACCGCCGCGUGCGCAGGUCAGAAAGCAACACCGUGAUCUGUUCUACAAGAUCUACCUCAUCAGAGAAAAUGGAGAAGAGGAGGAGUUUGAGAUGAACUGCUGCUUUCACAAACUCUGCAUAAAGGACGUCAAGCGCAAGGCGAGGUACUGCUUUCAGGCCCAGACCAUACUCCCCCUACAGGCCCGGAGUAGCGCCCGCAGUGAGGUCAAAUGCAUCACCGUAAGAUAAAUGGGGAACCUCGUGCUCUAAAUGACGACAUGGGACAAUGCAACACCUCUACAGCUUGAAACAACCAACGCUACCUUUACAGACUGCCAGUGAAUGUGACAUGGAUCAGGCAACACUCACGGCCAUCUGCCAAUACUGUUACAUACACAGUGAUGGGAAGACUACUUAGAAAAUGGAUUUAGUUAUAGAAUACAGAAUACCCAGAUCUGUCAUGAUGAUAAUCAACUUCUCAUUCAAUAUUUAACACUAUAUUUUGGGGCUCAUAAUAUUUCGUGUCUACACUUUCUUUGCAAAGUGGGGAGAGUUUGUGUAUUUUUGUUGUAAUAUGACAAUAUUUGAGCUGUGGGGGGUUGAAAAGGUAAGUUCUCUGGCUAAUUAUUGCUUCAUUCUGUUUAUUUGUUGCAGCUCAGGCGUUUUAUUGAGACACUUUAUUUAAAAAUGGUUCACUGGGAUUACUUUUGCAUUGUUAUUGUGUCAUUAUUGUUUAUUGCAGUAAGGAUUUACUGUGCUUCAAAAUGUGUUAUUGUGACAGGUGUAAGAAUACCCAAAUUAAAAUGUGGUUUGUUACAUGGGCCAGAGGACCGUAUUCUGAAUACUCUGUAAAUGUUAUGCUUUUACACUAUAAUAUAAUGCAAGAUUACAGUUAGUUUACUUUUAGUAAAGUAACUGUAAUCUUAAUGCCACCAAACGAAAGGGUAACUUUACCAGAAUAGUUACUCAAAAUGAGCAUUCAGAACACGAUUGGUCAAAUGGUCAAAUUCCUAUUGCACUUUUCUACCUCAAGUAGGCAGCAUAUAUAGCGUAUAUACUCGCACUCUCACUGUUAAACCUAAAUGUGCUGGAGACAAUGAAGGCCAUAAGUAGGAGUCUUGCCCAAGGGCACAACAGCAUCACUGCAAGAAGUGGGAAUUGAACCAUCAUUCUAAAGUUUACAGUGGCACAUUUCACUGUCACUUCACUCUUGUCAUAACACUGUGCCUGAUGGCUGUGUAACUGACCUUGUGCGAUUUAAAAACACCACUCCUAAAAUUGAAUUAAAUAUGUAAUAAAUAAAUGGUAAUUAUGAAGAUGAGUGUUAUUAUAAUAAAUAAAUACUACUUAAAGAGCGUGUGUUGUGUUAUUUUCUGUUCUAAUGUUGUUUCAUCAUCACACACGGAUCUGGAGUUGUGUUUUGUUUCAUUCUCGUAUGUGUAAAACACACAAAUGUGCAGAUUUAGAGCUCUUCUCUCAAACUGAAAACACUCUGUUGCACCUUGUGAUGUCAUCAAGUGGUAAUACAGGAAGUGCUCCACUGUGUUUUUAAACUCCA